AUGGCUACUUCACUCCAUCCUUUUUCACGUCGGCUAAACAGAGAGGAGCACUACAGCUCCAAGACGGUCACUCUUGUCAAUAGUAGACUGUUUAUAGCCUCUGCAUUUAUCUUCACUGUGAUUAUCUUCAUGGCUGCACUCGCAACUUUUAUACUUUGUUUCAAACGAUUCUGCAUUCGUCGACUGCCAUUGGAAAGCGAUGAAAUCUCCAUCGGCCUUCCACAGAAAAAAUCAGUUACAGAAAGUUUUCCUGUGUUUGUGUAUGAACGUAAGAAUUACAAAGAGCAGAGGCUGGAGUGCGCGGUUUGUUUGAGUGAGUUUGAAGAGGAAGAGAAGGGAAGAAUUUUGCCUGUGUGUAAUCACAGCUUUCAUGUCGACUGCAUCGACAGGUGGUUUGAGUCGCAGUCGACAUGUCCAAUUUGUCGAGUCAAUGCCCAGGUCGACACUUUGUCGGCUGCCGUCGUCAUGGUAGACGCGUAA